UUCUACGUUGGCAGCAGUGUGUGUUUACAUUUGCAGCAAGCCGCAGUUGUGUCAAUUCGUUAAUUUUUCUUGAAUAUUAGUAUUUUUUAAGUGUUAAAUAAAUAAAAUAAUGGCUGUUCAGAGUUAUAAACCGAAUUAUUUUUCAAUUACCGAUAUUUUGGCUACUGAGGAGCGUUUAAAAUGUACUGUUCAAUUUGAUUUACCUCGACUUGGAUUUUUGGAUCCUUCCAGUGAGACUCAGGAUUUAAAAGUUGGAACGAAAAUAGAAUUUCCCUUCUGGCUUGUAAAACCUUUAAAUAAAAGUCUUUUAAGAAAUAACAGAAAUCCAAAAAUUUUGGUAAUUGAGGAUAUUCCAAAAAUUUACAAAGAAGCCUAUAGGGAUAUUCUAGAAGCAGGUGCAACUGCUUUUCAAUUAUCAAAUUGGAGUCAAUAUUUCUACGAGUUUGGAAUGCAUUUAAGAACAUUAGAUCAUAAAGAUUGCGAACGAAUAACAGGAAUUUUAAAUAAAACAUUCCUCGAGCGUUUUAGAUUAAUUGCGGAUUUAGUUGAGAAUUCAAAUUCAUCAGAGUCAGCGAUUGAAUCGCGACUUCCGGCAAUGGAACGUGAAUUAUAUAGAUCCGGUAAGAAAGCAAGUUUACAAUUAAAAAAUUGGAUGGAGAAGGGAGUCGGCAAAAUCGAAACAUCCGAGGUUGUGACUAAUAUGAAAAAACGAAAACGUUCCGAAUUCGAGAAUAUUUAAAGUUUUUAAAAACAAAAA